AUGAGGGCGCCGUCUGAAAAGGCACCAUCUGGAAGGCGGCUUGGGCACCGGAUACAGAGGGGUGAGCUCGGGCCAUUGCAGGAGUCAAGGCUUGGAGGCAAACUGACUAGGCUGAAGUCGUCGAAGCUAGAGGGGAGAACAUGGCUGAGGGCGAUCAUGCAAGGGGAGUGGCACCUUGGGCGCCCCCUGUCAAGGCUUCCCAAGCCUCAAGGCUCGAAGGAGGGGCGACCCAAGUGCUAG